ACAAAGUUCUAUUACGUGAUAAGUUGCGUGUUUUUACAAUAAACAAGUUUUCUGCCCUUUCACCGAACCGGCAUCGAAUUUGUGGCACAACCGUUGCAAGCGCGCCUGUCGAACUCUCGAACGCACAGUCAGCCAUAAUGCCUGCAGUACCGGGAAACGUUUACAACCAGAAUCAGCAGCCGAGUUGCUUCGAUCGUAUGAAGAUGGGCUUCACAAUCGGCUUCUGCGUGGGAAUGGCGAGCGGAGCACUCUUCGGAGGCUUUUCGGCACUCCGAUACGGCCUGCGCGGACGAGAGCUGAUAAAUAACGUGGGCAAAGUUAUGGUGCAGGGCGGUGGCACCUUCGGCACCUUCAUGGCAAUUGGAACGGGCAUUCGAUGCUAAGGCUGAUCCACACCACAAGGAAUUUGCGCUCGUUGAUAACAUUUAAAUUGUAACGUUUAAGGACUCACGAAUAAAAUUAACCUAUGCCCUAGCUUGCCGAUGCUU